GCUUUUCCGCCAUAUUUCCGGUAUAUUGUCAAAGCUGCUGCUGUGAUGACUGACCACUGUUUUCCGUCUGCAGGACGCUAUCCAGCUAACUACGACUUCUAAGGUUCAACCACAGCUUUAUCACUCAGAAUAAGCAGGUAUUCUCAUUUGCACACAAUAUCGUUAAUGGAAGAGCAAACCAGCGGAUAAAGGAAUCUGGCAGCAGUACGGACAGUAGUGGAGUUUGAGCGUUGCUAGACAUAAUGAAAAGGGAAGAAACAAACGCACUUUGAAUCAUUCUAGGUGCGUUAUAUGUAACGUUGUUACACUAUUUGAAUGCGCGCACGCAUUCUGAAUGCCGUGCUUUUAUUUGUGUGAACACCGCUAAUGUUUUUGAUCUACAGGCUGCAAGUAGAGAUGAUAAUAAGGACAAAAUGAAGAUCAAGUAUGCAAGAAGGAAGCCUUUACCUAGAAAGACUAAGACAGUUAAAUGUGCCGAGCUAGUCAUAACCAAAACGGAAUCCACAUUGAAGUUGGAUGUUGAUAAAGAGGACACUGGGCAGCGCCACGCAAAUGCCCUUGAAUUGAACAUUGCCAUAAAAGAGGAGCAAGAGGUCCUUGCCAUCAGCGAGCAACAACAUUUCAGCACCACGUCGAGUUGUAACGACUCUGACACUGUAACAUCCAAAGCAGCUCAAUCUGCAGAACAAAAUAGCAAUAACAUUAAGCAGGAGUCUUCUUCGGAACUGCAAAUAGAUAUAACUUCUGCAUUGGUAAAGGAAGAACCAGAGUCCAAUGCUGAAAAGGAGAGUGGUAGCCAGCAGCUACAAGAAGACGCCCAAGAUGCAGAGAACAACCAAAAUACUGAUAGAGCAGAGGACGGUGAAGGAGGUACGCCGUUCUUCCCCUGUCAGCACUGCAGUGUCUCCUUCACCAGCUGGGAUUUCCUGGAGAACCACGUCAAAUGGGUCCACCAGAAAGAAUACCUUGACGACUUGAAAAAAUGCCUUUCCAGCGAAAAACUAAGCCCCGCCCCCAAGCACAGUUGUCCGGACUGUAGCCGCACUUUCACCUCCAAGGUGGCCCUGCGAGCGCACGGCCGGGAGGCCCACCCCGCGCCUCCUCCGCGGCGGCUGCACCCGUGCCCCAUGUGCGCCCGCAGCUUCCAGUACCUCAAGAACCUCAGGAACCACUGCCAGCGCUGGCACGACAUGUCUGUGGUCACCCAGGGCGGGCACCUCAGCUGCAGCAACUGCGGGAAGAGUUUUGAGAAGACCUGGGGUCAGGGUCCUCACGUGUGCCACGAACCUGAGAACACCCGGCCCCAGGACAGCCCUGUCUGCUUUGACACCGGAGUGGACUGCCCCGAGUGCGGCAAGCAGAUGGCCACGCCGCAGAGCCUGGGAGACCACAUGCGCACCCACACGGGGGACCGGCCCUUCGUCUGUAAGGACUGCGGCAAGAGGUUCUCGGAGCGCAGCGGCUGGCGGCACCACAUGAAGAUCCACACGGGCGAGAAGCCCUACAAGUGCGAGGUCUGCAGCAAGGCCUUCCGGCGCUCCUACCACCUCAAGUGCCACCUGACCACCCACUCGGGCAAGAAGGACUACGCCUGCCCCGAGUGUGGGAAACAGUUUGGCUUCAAGGCCAGUCUGGACAUACACCUCCUGUCUCACUCCAGCGACAAACCCUUCCACUGCGCCACCUGCGGGAAGGACUUCAACUCUCGGAAGAACCUGCGCAUUCACAGCAAGCUCCACACCCACGAGAAGGCCCACCAGUGCGGGGACUGCGGCCUGAAGAUCGGAGACCUUGGAGCUUUAAAGAUCCACCUGAGGACCCACACCGGGGAGAGGCCCUACCACUGCACCGUCUGCGGCAACCGAUUCAUCCGCAUCUCCCACUUGCGCAACCACCAGCGCACGCACACCGGGGAGCGGCCGUACAAGUGCGGCGAAUGCAGCAAGAGCUUCGCCCAGUCGGGGGAUCUGGUGAAGCACAAGAGGACGCACUCUGGGGAGAAGCCCUUCGAGUGCUCCGACUGCCACCGCCGCUACACGUCUUCAGGAGACCUGGGCAAGCACAUGAGGAUCCACACCAACCUGCGGCCCUACACCUGCCAGGAGUGCGGGAAGGGUUUCCGGCUGUCGGGGCAUCUGAAGACCCACAUGUUGACCCACACGGGGGAGAAGCCUCACUCCUGCCCCAAAUGCCAUCGCAGGUUCGCCCGUUCUCACCACCUCAGCGGACACGUGGCCAAAUGUCGCUGAGUCACUUUGAGGUGCUUGUAAUGACUCGUUCCAAAAAACUCUGAGCUAUGUGAACCGUCUUUUGAUGCGAGAGUAGUGCUGGAGAAAAAACACUUUAGUAUCAAAGUUAAAGACACAACAUGACGAUUGGCUCAUCUGUUUUCUGCUUUACAUUUUCAUGCCCAAACCCUCUUUUUUUUGCAGAAUUGAAGAAAUUCAAACAGCAAUAUUAGAACGGCAAGGAACCAGAGCCAGGCAACGGAUCAGUUUUUUGGGUCACGGGUACCGUUCAAAGAGAUUGGUGUAGAAUUCAAUAGCGCAGUGCCCGGUCAAAGAGGCUGAUUUCUUAAAUUCCUGGAUUGGUGCCUGCAGCUCCUUUUACUCAUUCAAACCAUCUCACGAUAGACACUGCACUUCCUUGGGUCCUCAGCAAUACACAGGGUUCUAGAAAUAACUGGCACACACACACACACUCACAGAUCCCUGGCUUUAUAGGUAGAUUAGUAAGUGUUGGUAUAACUGUGUCUGUCUGUCUCCUGAUCUCUGCAGUUGAUUUUUUUUUUGAGGAACAUAGUUCUGUAAACAUAUUGUUUUACUGCAUGUGACAACUAUGUCAUGCAUUAUGAUCAAUUCAAUUCAUAAAUUGGAUUGGAAAUUGUGUGUAUACUUUUCUAGUUCCAACACUAUGGCUACAGCACUGCAUUAUUAAAAAAAACACUACAACAGUUGGUAUUAUUUAUCAAGCCAUUGAUUGUAUCUCAUUGUAUUUUAUUUAUUUAAUGAAUGUGGGAAAUGUAAAUUCUGUCCAGAUAAUGACAUGACUAUGUAACUGUCCGGAUUUAGAUUAGUUAGUUUGCAUUUGCGUAGUAAAAUAUGUAAAUAAAAUGUUUAUAUGGGUUGCUUUUGUAUAGCAGACCAUUGCGGGUAUGAUCAUGA